GGGGCCGGACCGAGAGCCGCCGCCAUCCGCCGCCAUGCGCCGCUGGGGCUCGGCCUGCUGGGUGGUGGUGCUCGUCCUGGGGCUCUGCUGCGCGCACCGGGCGCGCUCCCGGAACGUGCUGCUGAUCCUCGCGGACGACGGAGGCUUUGAGAGCGGUGCUUACAACAACAGUGCCAUCAGCACCCCUCACCUGGAUGCCUUGGCCCGCCGCAGCCUGACCUUCCGCAGUGCCUUCACCUCUGUCAGCAGCUGCUCUCCCAGCCGGGCCAGCCUCCUCACCGGCCUGCCCCAGCAUCAGAACGGCAUGUAUGGCCUGCACCAGGACAUCCACCACUUCAGCUCCUUCGACGGGGUGCAGAGCCUCCCACUGUUGCUGGGCCGCGCCGGUGUUCGCACAGGCAUCGUUGGGAAGAAGCACGUGGGACCCGAAACGGUGUACCCGUUCGACUUCGCCUACACGGAAGAGAACGGCUCUGUGCUGCAGGUGGGGCGCAACAUCACUAGAAUUAAGCUGCUGGUCCGGAAAUUCCUGCAGUCUCUGGACGACAGGCCCUUCUUCCUCUAUGUCGCCUUCCAUGACCCCCACCGCUGCGGGCACUCCCAGCCCCAGUAUGGGGCCUUCUGCGAGAAGUUUGGCAAUGGGGAGAGUGGCAUGGGGUGGAUCCCAGACUGGACCCCCAAGACCUACGACCCCCAGGAUGUGCUGGUGCCUUACUUUGUCCCUGACACCCCGGCGGCCCGAGCUGACCUGGCCGCUCAGUACACCACCAUCAGCCGAAUGGACCAAGGCAUUGGACUCGUGCUCCAGGAGCUGCGUGGAGCAGGUGUCCUGAACGACACCCUGGUGAUCUUCACGUCAGACAAUGGGAUCCCCUUCCCCAGUGGCAGGACCAACCUGUACUGGCCGGGCACCGCCGAGCCCUUGCUGGUGUCAUCCCCGGAGCACCCGCAGCGCCAGGGCCAGGUCAGCGAGGCCUCCGUGAGCCUCCUAGAUCUCACGCCCACCGUCUUGGAUUGGUUCUCCAUCCCCUACCCCAGCUACACCAUCUUUGGCUCAAAGACCGUCGAGCUCACUGGCCGGUCCCUCCUGCCAGCACUGGAAGCAGAGCCCCUCUGGACCACCGUGUUUGGCAGCCAGAGCCACCAUGAAGUCACCAUGGCUUAUCCCAUGCGCUCAGUGUACCACCAGGGCUUCCGCCUCGUGCACAACCUCAGCUUCAGGAUGCCCUUCCCUAUCGACCAGGACUUCUACGUGUCGCCAACCUUUCAGGACCUCUUGAAUCGCACCGUGGCCGGCCAGCCCACCGGCUGGUACAAGGACCUCCAUCACUAUUACUACCGGGAGCGCUGGGAGCUCUAUGACAGGGGCCGGGACCCGUGGGAGACCCGGAACCUGGCCGCUGACCCUCGCUACGCACAGGUGCUGAGGCUGCUUCAGGCCCGGCUGGCCAAGUGGCAGUGGGAGACGCAUGACCCCUGGGUGUGUGCUCCUGACGGUGUCCUGGAGGACAAGCCCUCCCCACAGUGCCGGCCGCUCCACAAUGAGCUGUGAGGGCCGCUGGGCAUGUGCCCCUCCCCAGGCCUAGGCCCCGACUCCCAGCCAUUUCAGCUGAUGGGGCAGGAGGGGAACAGCCCACAGCCCCUGCCUCUGCAUCCUGCCUGAGGGGUGAGCAGGGCGUGUGCCCUGGCCCUUCCCCCACCCCCACCCCCGUGUUUGGGGACACUGCUGACCUUGUGUCUGAGCCGUGUCCCAGUACAGGAGUUGUAGGAGACCCUGGGAUGGGAUGGAUUCCCAGCCCACAGCAGGUGAGGAUGGUGUGAACAAGGGGUCUUGUUUUCUGAGUUGGGUUGGGGACCUGUGGAUGGAAGGGGCUGGGACCUAGGGUUUGAGACCCUCUUCAUUCUUUGGAACCCGCAGUUGUUCCUGGGCCUUCACCCAAGAGGAGAUGGGGCUUCUCUGAGCCAAGCAGGUGGCGGUGGGCAGGUCCAGGCCUCACUGUCCGUGCUAGCACGGUGUCCGGCUUAAUCCACCGACCCCCAGGCUGUGUUUCCACGAGGCCUCUGGGUCAUGGCAGGCUCCCUUCACGAGUGUCAUCCUGUGGUCUGUGCGGGCGGAACUCACCCUCUGUGUGAACGUCCGGGGGUGAGGCUCUCCCAAACUCUGGCCUGGGCUAGUUCUCCUUGGCUGAGCGCUGGUGUCUGUGGCACAGACGUUGCCUGUAGAGUGCUCCGGAACUGCCCCCCUCUGCCUGCCACAGAGCAGAAGCUCUGCCUAGGGAAACCAGGGGCGGGGAGGGCUUUGUCCCUUGAGUGGCUGGGCAACCCCACCCUUCCCUCUCCCGUCAUCUCCUGGGUGUGUGGGGAGAGAGGCAUAGGCCAGAGCUCCGUAAAAGCUUUUUAUUUUAAGUGAAAUAUAUUUAUAGCAACACUAACCAGAAUUCUAGAGCAGCUUCCAGGGGCACUGCUGUCAGGACACCCUCCUGGGUCCCUGGGCCAGGCACGGUGGCCAUCAGGCGCAGACCACUGAAGAUAACUGUUCAGUCGUUGGGAAACUAUUCACUGGUUCACAUGCCAGUCCCUGUAAACUAGAGUUACUGAGGCAUGACUCUGCCGGAGGCAGGGUGACGCUGACCUUGGGGGCACUGGGGCCACCAGCCUGUGGCCUCAGUGGGUUUAGAAGGAGCCCUUUGACGCUGAAAUGUGAAAGUGAAGUGCAGUGACUCAGGUCAGACCGGUAGGCAGCGGAAGACACCGGCCGCUCCUGGGCUCUGGGAGGCGCAGGAGAUGCCCCCAUCGGGGAGACAUUCUCAGGGCCUCAGGUUCAGACCAUGAGAAAUGCGAAGUCUUGGCGAGAGGCAGAGAAGGUUUACAUAGAAAAAUGAGCAGAUGGUUCAAAAGCCUGUUUAUGGCCUGCACAGGGUGGGAGGGUGAGAGAGCUGGGCUUGUGUAGCGAGCUCCCACAAAGCCAUACUGGCCAGGCCCUGACCUCAAAGGGCAGGACUGUGUUAAUGGGUGCCGGGAUCCCCACAGCCCUGGGAGGGAGGUGCAGGGGGUGGUUAGCAGGGGCUCUGCUCUAUCCACACCACCUUCUUCUGCUCGUCUGCAGUGGCCGCGCGGAUGCAGCCAAGCAGGGAGUCGAGGUCACUCCAGCUGUCGGGGGCCAGACAGCAGUAGAGACAGGGCACUCUGUCCAGCUCGCCCUCUUCCUGCCUGCCCGCGUCCAGGGGCUGCUCCUCCGAGGUGCUGAGCCACUGCAGGGCCUUCCUGCGCAGGCCAGAGAGGAGGACGGGCUUAGGGUGAGAAGCACUGGCUGCCCUGCAGAGCCCAGGACUCCGGCCAUGGGUCCAGAACUCUAGGGGGCUGGCUGCACAGGUGCAAGUUCAAGUGCUUCCAGAUGCAGGCAGCCCCGCUUCCAGGGGUCUGAGGGCAACGACAUCACACAGAGGGGGAUGGGGGCUCAUUGCCACCCUCAGUUGUAAAUUAUAAAAGGGGCAGCAGGAGAUCACUACUAAACACUGUCUUUUGGCAUCUGUCCUCACCUAAUGUGGGUGGGUUCUGACUGCAUAAGCCCCAGUAAACAUGGCCUUACUCAAGUUAAA